AGUGCCGCGAGUGCGUUCAAUUGAAGAGGAAAUCGUAGAUAUUAAUUUUGUAAUUAUCAUAUAUAAUGUAAUGUUCAUAUAACAUACAAUAUUAUUCAUGCGAUUCUUUGAGAUAGUUUAUUGUUAUUUAUAUAGAGAAAUUAAUAUGAAUAUAGUUUACUAAUUAAAUUCAAAUAUAAAUAUAACAUUUCAUGUUGAAUACAAUAGACAUAAGUUCAACUAUUAUUCAAUGUUAUAUAUAAUUCUUUGAUAAAUAGAUAAUGUCAAAUACAAUAAGCGGAAAGAACUUAUUACGACCAACAGGGUUACAGUGUAAAAAUCUUCAAGAAUAUUUAAAAUCACGUCCACCAGAGGUGUUAAAUAAAUUAUAUCACAACCCACCAAUUUGUUUGGCUGUAUUUCGCGAAUUGCCAGUAAUAGCAAAACAUUAUGUUAUGCGAUUAUUAUUUGUUGAACAACCUGUACCUCAAGCCGUUAUUGCUUCUUGGUGCUCUAAACUUCAUUUCGAAGAACAUCAAAAGGUAGUUUUAAUAUUAAAUGAACUGAAUGUAUGGAAAGAAGCAUCAAUACCAGGUGGGCUACCUGGGUGGAUUUUGAAUACUACAUUCAAAAAAAACUUAAAAAUUGUCCUUUUGGGAGGUGGAAAACCAUGGACAAUGUCAAAUCAAUUAGAAACUGAUAGUAAACCUAGAGAUGUUGCAUUUUUAGAUUCAUAUGCAUUAGAAAGGUGGGAAUGUGUUUUACAUUACAUGGUUGGUUCACAACAGCAAGAAGGUAUAUCUGCUGAUGCUGUUAGAAUUCUUUUACAUGCUGGUCUAAUGAAGCGAGAUGAAGCUGAUGGAAGUCCAGUCAUUACACAAGCAGGUUUUCAAUUUUUAUUAUUGGAGACUGCAUUACAGGUGUGGUAUUUCAUUUUACAAUAUUUAGAUACAAUAGAAGCAAGAGGACUUGACUUAGUUGAGUGUCUUACUUUUCUAUUUCAAUUAAAUUUUUCAACUCUUGGUAAAGAUUAUAGUACUGAAGGAAUGUCUGAAGGUCUGUUAACAUUUUUACAACAUUUAAGGGAAUUUGGUUUAGUUUAUCAAAGGAAACGAAAAGCUGGAAGAUUUUACCCUACAAGAUUAGCACUAAAUAUUGCAACUGGGCAAAAUAAACCAUUGUCUAGAGAUCCAGAGAAGGAAGGAUAUAUUGUUGUUGAAACAAAUUACAGAGUAUAUGCUUAUACAAACUCAAAUUUACAAGUUGCUUUACUUGGUCUAUUUUGUGAAAUGUUAUAUAGUUAUUUGCAGCAACAUGCUCACAGUAAAAUGAUAGAAGCAGGUCCUCCAAUUUUACCUCCCACAAUAGUAGAUCAAAUUAAAUUGUGGGAAAAUGAAAGAAAUAGAUUUACAUUUAGUGAAGGGGUCUUAUACAGUCAAUUUCUCUCUCAAACUGAUUUCGAAGUGCUUAGAGAUCAUGCUCUUUCUACUGGAGUACUAAUUUGGCAAAGUGAAAGAAAACGGACUAUGGUAGUUACAAAAGCAGGUCAUGACGACGUAAAAAAAUUUUGGAAACGAUAUUCCAAGGGGUCCAGUUAGUACAACAAAAUUGUGAUAGAAUUGUAUUUACAAACAAUUUAUAUAGUAAAAUUUCGUUUUCCAUGUAUCUUUUUUUUAAUAUUUGCAAAAUACAUGACUUAUUAAAUAUUGUGUUACAUACCAAAAAAUAAUAUAUAAUGUAUAAUAUUCUAAACAUUAAAUUAGAAACAGA